UUGUAAAUCCUGUUUCAUUGUGGCAAUGAGUUAACAGCAUUGAUAAUCAUUGUUAGAAUAAGUUACUGGUACCUAUGUAUGGUCAAGUAAAACUAGGAACCAGUUUCACCACGCUUCAUUGACAACGAAAGAGCAUCACAUACCUGUCCAAACCUAACCAAUUAUAGGAAGUUCAAUGAAGCUACUUCUACAUUAAAACAAAAGAAUGGGUUUGAUCAGAAAAUUGAAGUCGUCAUGGUUACCAUCGUCUAUAUUCUUUGGCAUGUUUUUGUGUUGGUAUAUGUUACAUCUGGUACAUAACACUCCUGGUCGUGAUCCUGAUCCACACAUAGAUGAGGUUAAAAACUUUCCAGUACUUUUCGAUGCUUCACCACAGUUAAGAAUUAUUGUCCUGACCUACAAUAGAUCGAAGUCAUUAAAACGUUUAUUUGAAUCCUUGCUUAUGGCAGAUUACGAAGGUGAAAGAGUUGUUCUUGAUGUCUGGGUUGAUCGUUCUAUAAAUGGAGAGGUCCAUAAUGAAACAGUUCAGGUUGCGAAUAAUUUACAGUUUGUGCAUGGAGAGAAAAAUGUGUAUGUUCGUGGCCAACAAGCUGGGAUAACCAACCAAUGGUUGAGAACUUGGAAAUUAUCGGAUGAUCCGCAGGAAAUUUGUGUUAUUCUUGAAGACGAUUUGACAGUAUCUCCUGUUUUUUAUCGAUGGUUAAAAUCGGUGCACAAGACUUACGAAAAUGACGAUAGAAUCAGCGGGUUUACACUUCAAGGUGUAGGUACAAUUUAUUCUGGACAAAGCGCACUUGAAAAUGUUAAUGUGUCAAAAAAGCAUUUAACCUAUUUGUACUCGAUGCCAGGCAGUUGGGGUUUUUCACCAAAACUUAGCCAGUGGAAAGAAUUUAUAACUUGGUGGGAAAAGACUUCAUUAGAUAAAAGUUUUCACCCACUGGUUCCCAAUAAUCUAGCAACUGUAUGGUAUUCAGAAAACAGAAGACUGGGUAACGCUGAAAAUAUGUGGACCAUGUGGUACAUUUACUUUAAUUGGAAAUUUCAUAAAUACGUACUCUAUCCAAAUAUACAGCCAAAACACCAAGGUUUCAGUCACAACUGGCAGGAACCAGGGUUGAACCGUUACGGACAAGCAGGAUUACAGCCCACUGGGCCUCUUGUUGUAAAAUGGUUGCCAGACUUUGAUACCCUGCCUCCUUUACCUCCUAUUGUAUUAACAAAUGGCACAGUCUUAAAUGAAUUGAAUAGAAAAGUCACUGUAUAAUGUUAGCGAUUGGUUAAAUUAAUGUUAAAAAAUUUGAAAAUUAAAACUGUUCAAUGUUAAUGGAUUGGUAAAAUAGCUGUACAUGUAUAACGUUAAACACAACACCCUCCAUGACAAUCAAAAAGUCCGUGCCAACAUAGCCAAAGCCAAAUGAAUCUUUUUUACUAAUGAUCAUAGUACUUGGGGGUUGUAAAAACAUUUUCAAAAACCUGUUCUUAAAUUUUUUUAAUUUUGCAUUGAAAAGUAUCUUUUUUCAGGCCCCCCUUUUUCUGGAAAAAUUUUGGUUGAUUAUAUAGGGAAUCACUAAAUCGUGACCA